ACUUUCACCCACCCGAUCCUUAUAUACUUCAUGUGACGUCGAUGAUUAAAUGCAGAGCAUUAAUAAUGUGUGAUCCCACGCUCUUUCAUUUCCAUUUCCAUGCACUCUUCGGCAUUGAAAUCGUAAAUCAGUAGCUUGAGAGAGGGCAAAAAUGGCCAAAAAUGAUUACCUUCCACUGUUCGAAACAAAGCCAGCGAAGGGACGGAUCCUUUUCAGGUUGUUUGCAGCUUCAAUCUUGGUGGGUAUCUGCUUCAUUUGUGUCUAUAGGAUAAGGUUUUUCCCAGUGAGAGGAAAAGUUGAGAGAUGGAGUUGGAUUGGAUUGUUUCUUUCUGAGCUUUGGUUCAGUUUUUAUUGGUUUCUCACCACAGUUUGUCGAUGGAACUGUGUCUACCGUUUUCCUUACAAAAACAGGCUCUCUCAAAGGUUUGAGAAAGAAUUACCAGGCAUAGACAUAUUUGUAUGCACAGCGGAUCCAUUAAUAGAGCCACCAAGCAUGGUGAUAAACACAGUGUUAUCAGUGAUGGCAUAUGAUUAUCCACCUGAGAAGUUAAGCAUCUAUUUAUCAGACGACGGAGGGUCAGAUUUAACGUUCUAUGCCAUGUUAGAGGCUGCAACUUUCUCAAAGAAAUGGCUGCCCUUUUGCAAGGAGUUCAAAGUCGAAUCAAGAGCACCCGACGCUUACUUUAGGACAGCUUUUGAACCAGACGAUGAUCCUGUCAAGAUCAAAGAGUGGCUUUCAGUGAAGAAACUAUAUGAGGAGAUGAAAAUGAGGAUUGAAACGACCACAAAGUUGAACCGGAUUCCAGAAGACAUUCGUAAACAGCACAAAGGAUUUCGUGAAUGGGACUUUGUUUCAAGCAAGCGUGAUCAUCAAACCAUUCUUCAAAUCCUAAUUGAUGGGAGAGACUCCAAUGCUGUGGAUUUUGAAGGAAACCCUCUGCCAACUCUUGUCUAUUUGGCAAGAGAGAAAAGACCCCAGUAUCACCACAAUUUCAAAGCUGGAGCCAUGAAUGCUCUUAUCAGGGUAUCAUCAAGGAUAAGUAAUGGUCCAAUUAUUCUCAAUUUGGAUUGCGAUAUGUAUUCAAACAAUUCAGAGUCAAUCAAAGAUUCAUUGUGCUUUUUCAUGGACGAAGAAAAGGGAGAUGAGAUUGGCUAUGUACAGUAUCCCCAGAAUUUCGAUAAUCUUACCAAACAUGACAUAUAUGCUUGUUCCUUUCGAGUAACACAAAAGGAGUUUCCGGGACUUGAUGCAAACGGAGGGCCAUGCUACAUUGGCACUGGCUGCUUUCACAGGAGAGAGGCUCUUUCCGGAAAGAAAUAUGACAAAGACGACUGUAGGGUUGAUUGGAAGAGACUAAAUGAUAGAAAGGUUGAAGAAAGUGCAAGCCUUUUAGAAGAAACAUGUAAAGUUCUUGCAAGCUGUACCUUUGAACAAAAUACACUAUGGGGAAAAGAGAUGGGUUUGAUAUAUGGCUGCCCCGUGGAGGAUGUAAUUACAGGAUUGGGUAUACAAUGUAGAGGUUGGAAAUCUAUAUACUUCAAUCCUCAAAGAGAAGGCUUCUUAGGAGUUGCUCCAACAACCUUAUUGCAGACCCUGGUACAACAUAAGAGAUGGUCUGAAGGUCACUUACAAAUUUUCCUAUCAAGAUACUGCUCCUUGUUGUAUGGACGUAAAAAGAUUUCUCUAAGGCUUCGACUUGCUUACUGCCCCUACAACUUGUGGGCUGCAAACUGCUUGGCUACGUUGUACUAUGUUUCUGUCCCAUGCCUUUGCCUGCUUAAAGGCAUCUCAUUGUUUCCUGAGACAUCAAGUCCCUGGGUUCUCCCAUUUGCAUAUGCUGUCUUCGCGCACCGAGCAUAUAGCCUUGGAGAAUUCCUUUGGUGUGGAGGUACAUUGCAAGGUUGGUGUAACGACCAAAGGAUGUGGAUGUUCAAGAGAACAACUUCAUACUUCUUUGGCUUCUUUGACACCAUCUUGAAGCUAUUAGGAUAUACACAAUCAGCCUUUGUCGUCACAGCGAAGGUAGCUGACGAUGACGUCUCCAAAAGAUACGAGCAAGAGCUGAUAGAGUUUGGUGCUACUUCUCCAAUGUUUGAUAUUUUAGCAACACUUGCAAUGUUGAAUCUGUUCGGUAGCAUUUUGGCAAUCAAGAAGGUCAUCUUCGAUGCUGAUCGCUCCAAGGUUUUGAACCUAUUAGGGUUGCAAAUUUACCUCUGUUUGCUUUUGGUUACAAUCAACUUGCCUGUAUACCAAGCACUCUUUUUCCGGAAGGACAAUGGUAGGAUGCCUAGUUCGGUUGCUUACAAGUCAAUUAUAUUUGCCUUGCUGGCUUGUACACUAGCCAUGUAUAAUUGAACCACUAUGAUAAUGCAAAAAAGAUGAUGUAUUGAUCAAGAGGGUCAUAACAAUUUACUAGUAGUAUUUUGUUUUAUUUUACUUUGCAUAAUUUUGUGAAUAUGUAUUCUGAACUGAAAUAGAAGGCUGUUUCAUGUUAAGAGUACAUUGGAAUAAAUGAAUUUUACAAAAAUUAAAUCUGCUUUUGUAUCUAUAUAAUUAGAUCUUGUGCCCUCUCAUCA